AUGGCACGGAUAAACCAGACUUGUCUUUGUGAUUUUAUCCUAUUAGGAUUUUCCAGUGAAGGAGAUUUGCUGUCGCUUCUUAUAUUCACCGUCUACGCAUCGAUCCUUCUUGGGAACCUGAUCAUCUUUAGUGUUAUAAAGAUAGACAACCACCUCCAGACACCCAUGUACUUUUUCUUGAGUUAUUUAUCUAUUUUAGACAUCUGUUACUCUUCGGUCACCCUCCCGGCUAUGCUAGUCAAUGCCAUCACUGGAAAUAGGAAGAUAUCCUUCAACGAGUGCUUCACCCAACUCUACUUCUUUGUGUCUCUUGGAGGAUCCGAAUGUCUUCUUCUGGCCGCCAUGGCUUACGAUCGAUACGUGGCCAUAUGUAACCCUCUCCAUUACCCCGUGGUUAUGAAUAAGAGGUUCUGCUCAUACUUGGUAGGAGGGUGCUGGUUUAGUGGUUUCUUGAACUCGGUCCUUCACACAUUGAUGACCUCUAAGCUGACCUUUUGUAGACCUUGGCAUGUCAAUCAUUUCUUCUGCGAUGUCCCGCCAAUGUUAAAUGCCGCUUGCACCAACACACAAACCAGUCAGCUGCUUCUAUACAUAGUCAGUGUUUUUCUGGGAAUGACGCCAUUCGUGUUUGUCAUCGUUUCCUACGUACAUAUAAUCUCCACUAUUAUUAAGAUACCCUCAGCAGUCGGCAGACAGAAGGCCUUCUCCACCUGCUCGUCCCACCUGAUUGUUGUCUCAGUGUUCUACGUUACCGCUAACUUUAACUAUAUCGGCCCGGCACCGGGAGACUCAUUUGACAUUGUGAGGCUCUCAUCCGUGCUGUACAGUGUAUUAACACCUUUGUUUAAUCCUGUUAUUUAUUGCCUGAGGAACCAAGAGGUCAGGAGGGCGCUGACAAAGGCUUUCACGGGGAAAUAUCAUCAUUUCAAAUAA